AAACAUCACGAGGAGCAAGUGGCUAUCUACUCACCCCCACGUGACUCGUGUCCACAUGACCUCAGAAUGUCAAGUCUGUCUUAUUAGUUGGCCCUCAUGAGCUCCACAUCAUCUCCACUUUCGCUCCUCACCUCGGCUGUCAAAGCUUUCGUUUUGUCCAUAUCCAUAAAGAAACCCAGCACUGAAACUAAAAUGGCUAACCAUUCCCGCAGCAGUCUUAACAGAAGUGGAAUGGGGGCAAACUCUGAAGCCGUUGGGGUUGAAUACUUUUGGACUGUUGAACUUAACGCUGACAACCGCUCGCACAUUUGGACUGCGAAGGACGAUGAGCUGGAAGAUGAUGAUGAAGACUUUGUCAACCACACUCUCUUCCUCAAACUGGCUGUUCUGGGUGAUGGCGCAGUGCCCGGCGAGCCGAACAUCGUGACCCUUGAGUCUAUGGACGCAAGCAGUUCGGUGCAGAAGGGCGCCAUCGUCAAUCUGACCUGUGGGAACAACAAUAUGGGCCAUAUGGAUCUUGCUCUGAGCGGGAAAGUUGGAGGGACCUUCAACCUAGUAUCUGGAAGUGGACCCGUGCAUCUAUCCGGGAACUAUCUUAUGGAAUAUCCCAAAUUGGAAAAUCUGGACAACACACAGACCGAAAGUGACGAGUCCGAGGAGCUUGAGGCAGAUGAUAGAAAUGGUCGGGAUGAGGAUGACGAGGAUGAGCAGGAGGAAGUGGCUGUUGUGAAAGGAAGGAAGCCACCAAAACGUAAAGGAACACCAAAAUCAAAUAAGCUGAAGCAGAAAGCAAAGAUGGAUGUGGAUGACGAUGAAGAUGAUGAAGAGGAUGAUGAUGAUGAAGACGAAGACGACUUUGAUGACGAAGAUGAGGAAACUGCCAAGAAAGGGAAAGCGAAAACGCCUGUCGAGCAACCAAAGAGAGGAAAGAAAGCCAAGAAGUGAGAUUGUGUUCAAUUUAUUGCAUUCUGCUUUAAUGAAAUUGUUCAUUUUCCAAAAAAUAAAUUAUAUAUUGCAAUUAA